UCUGUUUCCUCCUUCUCCUCAUAACUGGUUAUCACCAUGUUGCCUCUUGAUCACCCUCGGCUAGGCCCAAAGGUCACUCUGAAGUUGAUCACUCCUUCAUCUCUAUCGCCACCCCAAUUAUCGAGUGCUUCGUCCGACGUGCCCGACAUCAUGCCUCUCCCCAUCCCCAUCCCUAAGAUCACGGGGGAUAUCAACACGGUGGAUCUGAAUUCGAAACUCCCUGAUUUUCUGUGCCCUUCUCACAUGGAGCUGGACGACCCUCCAGCCCCCAUUCACGCCUUCACGCUUCCAGGUACAACAGAGGGGUCUACCCCGCGAAUCCCUUUGCUGUCAUACGUGAACGGUCCCUUCCGCGUUUGGCGCCAACUAUCAACGGGAGGUUUUGCCAGGGCUAUGGGAGCUGAAGAUAUAGCAUCAGGUCGCUUGUUGUGUCUCAAGGUUUUCAGCAAGGACCGACUUAAGCACAAUAAAACAGAAGAGGGUCUUCUGAAUGAGUUGAAGGUGUACAAGCGUCUUGCGUCCUCGAGGGAGUAUUGUCCUGCAACGACAUUCCUGAUGGAAUUAGAGAUGUCUUUUCAGACGAAGAAAAAAAUUUGUUUCGUUAUGGAUUUAAUGACGAAUGAUUUACUGCAUUAUAUGGAGAAUCAGUCAGCAUACUGUGUCCAGAAUGCUCGCAGGUGGAGCGCACAGCUGGCGCUUGGUAUCAACGCUCUGCAUAAUAUGGGCAUCAUCCAUCGCGAUAUAAAGGCAGAAAACGUUCUAAUCGAUAUGCGACAGAACGUGCGUAUUGCUGACUUCGGGCUCAGCUAUAUCGACGAGGAGCCAAAGCUCCUGACUUCAUGGCAGGAUUAUGCAUCAGAUGUAAAGGGAACUAUCUAUUGUAUGGCACCUGAAAUCCUGCGCAACAAGAAAAACCCAGAUUCUAUGAGGUACGGGACGCCCGUGGACUGGUGGGCGUUCGGAUGUGUCCUGUACGAGCUUAUUUCACCGGACCAUCAGGAGCUCUUCGAUUCGGAGGACGCCAUAAUGGAGUAUGUUUCUUGGCACUCCAAGCAUCGCGGGACAUUCGACUUGUUUCCUGCGUUUCACCAGCUUGAUUCACUUAUGGCUGAUUUAGUUGUAGGUUUGCUCAAUCCCCUUGCCAUAUUACGGUAUGGAUUCCACAGAGUUACAAAUCACCGGUAUUUCUCGAACAGUGAUGGCACGUCGGAAUUCCACGGCGCCUGCUCUCGCGCUCUCCAGCGCGAAAAACAGCCACAGAUGUUGCCAAAAUUGUGGGAUGAGCAGACUCAAUCAGCAGAGAUCUGGUGCGCCCCACCUUUCGGGCGGUCGACGCACACUUCAAACGUAGAUUGGAGGAAGCCCAGGCCGUGAAUUGUUUAUUUCUUAGGAUACCCUCCGGUUUGUGAUUAUUUUCGUUGCGAAUUUCUCCAUAUCAAGCUCUUAAUUUCACUGCACCUCCCUUCUUUCUUGCUACAAAUAAUUCCAGAAUUCGCACUAAUCUAUACACCUUACUAAGCGCCUGUAGUUCCCAUACUUUUGUUUACAUGCAUCUUUCACACUCCUCCUUCCAUUGUUCAUUUCCUAUCCCAGGGGGUUGGUAGAAUGGACUUGGGUAUGCCGAAGGUUUUACUCUAUGAUAAUAGCUGAUUCGGAAGAUUGAUUAAGAUACACAAGGAAAGCUGGGCUUCCAUGAUG